AUUACUUAAAUCUCUUAGUCUGGAAGGGUUUUGGUAUAUACAUUUGUUUUUCCUUGUAAUUUGAGUCUUGCUUGGAACCCCAAAAGCGAACUGCCUUCCUUCACCACCAUCCAUUCUUGUAUAACUUUCUUCCUUUUCCUUGGUUUGCAGAACUUUUGAAAGCAACAAAUAGCUGUCUCUUUUAAUACCAACCUUUCUCCAAAGAGUGGGAAGGUAAAUUCAGAAUAAAGUUGGCGGCUCCUUUUGGGUAUUCAUGGAGUUUCCUUCAAUAAAAGUUCUCUCCACCUUUUUUUUUUGCAACACACCCAUUUUCUCUGAGUAUACACUGAAAGGCCUUCAAUCCCUACUGCUAAAAUUGACAUCUUGUUGACAGGUAGAACCAGUGAUUCUUCUUGAGUAACCUACUACCCUAGCUUUUCAUGGGGGCUUUCCCCCUUCUUUUUUGGCUUUUUAUUUCUUUUUUCCCUUCACUACCAACUUUAGUUGUUUGGUGGAAUCCUUGUCAGUGAGUGAAUGGUUGUAAAAUAGCAUCCCAUUUGUUUUCUGCUGCUUUACUCUGCAACUACUCUCAUCCAUCGCUUUCUUAACUCUCACCUUAUUUAUUUUAGUCUUCUCUCUUCUUCUUCUUCUUCUAACCCUCCUCCAAUCUACUUGGAGUAACAUCUUGUUGGGACAUGCAAAUAACUGUCUUCGACAUUCUUGUUCUUCCAAUUUUUGUAUUCUUGUUGUCUGUAUGCUGACCAGCGUGCUCUGUUCUUGUUAUAUACAUUUCUCGUCAGCCAUAGGAUUUCUGUGUUCUUCAGUUGAUGAUUAUAUAUAACCUAUGCAUAAAGUCAUCAAGAGAGUGAUUUGAACUCUGGAAAAGGUGUUGCUUUUAAGUGGGAAGGAAGCGAAGAACUGAAAUAUUCUCUAUGGACUGGAACUUGAAGACCCCAUCUUGGGAUUUUACUCAAUUGGAACAAGAUGUAUUAAAGAACAUCAAUACAAUAGGUGCAUCCAGCAGCUUUGUUGAAGAUAGAACGACUUCUGGGGAUUUCUCGAUUGAUUUGAAACUGGGUCAAGUCAGUAAUCUAGGAACAAAAUAUGCAGUCAAUGAGCCAGGAGUGUUGAAAAUGGAACCUUCCAAGAGGGCAAGAGGAUCUGGGAAUGGGGCUCAGCCUUUGUCAUGCCUUGUGGAUGGAUGUGUUUCAGACCUUAACAACUAUAGAGAUUACCACAGGCGCCACAAGGUCUGCGAGCUCCAUUCAAAGACUCCCCAGGUUACAAUUGGUGGACGAAAGCAAAGGUUCUGCCAGCAGUGUAGCAGGUUCCAUUCACUAGAAGAAUUUGAUGAAGGAAAGAGAAGCUGCAGGAAACGUCUCGAUGGACACAAUCGAAGGCGACGAAAGCCACAGUCGGACUCCCUAUCACGAAGUAUUUUGUCUCAUUACCAAGGUUCCCAACUGCUACCAUUUUCUUCCUCACAUGUCUAUCCAUCUACAAUUGUUAUGAACCAUUCCUGGCGUGGAAUUUCCAAUACUGAGAUAGAUCCAAGGCUUCAUGUUCAGCAAGAGCCAAUCCACUUCCCUGAUAAACACGACAUCUAUCUCGGAGCAUCGUCGAACGAUAGCAUCCAUAAAAUUGAAAAGCAGGUUGCAUUUCUGCAAAGUGACAAUCCGGGAUCUUCGGUUGGCCUACCCUUUGUCAGGACCAUUGAUUUUUCAGAAAAUGGAAGCAGUCGGAGCAAAAUGUUCUAUGACAGGUUUACAACUCCAAGUCCAGGCCAUGAGUCGGAUGGUGCUCUCUCUCUUCUGUCAUCUUUGCAGACACAGUCAUCCGGGAUCGGUUUCAACCAAGCCGAGCAGGACCGUCAUCUUAUAUCCUUCCUGCAGCCAUUAGAUGUGAGCUUAGGACAUCACAACAGGUUGGAGACAGCUAGUUCAGUACUGAAUGGCUGUGUGAGUAAUGCUGAUAUGAAUUGCUCAGGAAUGUUUCACGCUGCAUCGAAUGAUGGAGGGAAUGAAGCUCCCCCACCAUCCCUUCCCUUUCACUGGCAGUAGAUUAACUUCAGUACACACAACUGAUCAUCUUCUUAUUUAACUGCUGCCUGUCUGCUAUGCUUGUGAAGCUUAACAAUGGUACUUCUCUCAUUUCAUCUUUGGUUGCUUUAUGGACUAUUUUUCUUACAUACUGUCUAUGUCUACGCAACUCCUUAUUUUUGUGUCUCUGUCACCCUCAGGCAUCAG